GACAUCAUGCAGACUGAGUACUCUGCUUGUUAGUUUAUGUCAUCAUGUAAUCAUAUGACAUCACAUGACAUCACAUGAUAUAAUAUGACAUCAUGCAGACUGCCACUCUAGUCCAGAUAUACAUGUCAGAUUUCUAGUCAAAAUAUUUGCUGUGGUUGAAGAGAUUUAAGGUUAGUGCUCCAGAAAGAAUUUGGAAACACACUUGGAACACGGUCUUUGAGGAGACUAAAAGCUUUUGUUUCAGAAACUUUCUGUAAACUCUGUCAUUUCUGUUAUUUUACACCUAACAACUGGUAAAAAUGCCCCGUGUGACUGAGGAAAACAGGCCCAAAAAUCCAAGCCCAAAACUCAGUAAAGUUCUGGAGGAACUCAACACGCUGGAAAGGACCAACAAAAAUCUCAUGCAGGACAAAAGAGGCCAGGGUCUAACUACUGAGGUGGAAGCUCUUGAGCAUGAAAAUGCUAAAUUACAGAAAGAAUUAGAAGAACUUGCUGUUCCAACUGACACCAAAGAGUUGAGACAGAAAUUCAAUCACUUAAAAGAAGAGAAAGAUCAGACGAGUGAAGAACACUUGACCCUAAAACAGGCCAACCUUGACAUGGUCUGGGUACUUAAAGAGUGCAAAGCCAUGUUGAUGCAACAACUGGACAUUGGUGAGAAAAAUGUAUCCGACAUCGAAAAGCUGAGACAACAGCUUAAAAUUUUCGGAGAACAGAAGGCUGCAAAGGGAGGCAAAGAACCCAAACCAGACAACAAGAAAGCCUUUGAGGACCUUGAAAGAAAAUAUCAGGAGGCUCAAAAAGAAAAUGAGGAACUAAAGGCAAAAAAUCAAGUUCUGGUUGAUGAAGUUGAAGAUUUGGAGAAAGAAAAUGCUGACUUAAACAAGAAACUGUUGCAGCAUGAAUCCACUAUCACUGAGCUGAAAGAGCAACUAAAGAAACAUGAAGAGGAGAAAAAGGCUCUCCUUGAAUUGAAUAAACUCAAGGAAAAGGAAGCAGAAGAUGCAAAAAGGGAGUUGGAAGAACUGAAGGCAAACAAAGAGAAGAAAACAGUUUCUGUACAGACUGACUCUGAUGCUGAGGAGAAGAAAACAGUUUCUGUACAGACUGACUCUGAUGCUGAGGAGAAGAAAACAGUCUCUGUACAGACUGACUCUGAUGCUGAGGAGAAGAAAACAGUCUCUGUACAGACUGACUCUGAUGCUGAGGAGAAGAAAACUGUCUCUGUACAGACUGACUCUGAUGCUGAGGAGAAGAAAACUGUCUCUGUACAGACUGACUCUGAUGCUGAGGAGAAGAAAAAAGUUUCUGUACAGACUGACUCUGAUGCUGAGAAGAAGAAAACAGUUUCUGUACAGACUGACUCUGAUGCUGAGGAGAAGAAAACAGUUUCUGUACAGACUGACUCUGAUGCUGAGGAGAAGAAAACAGUCUCUGUACAGACUGACUCUGAUGCUGAGGAGAAGAAAACAGUCUCUGUACAGACUGACUCUGAUGCUGAGGAGAAGAAAACUGUCUCUGUACAGACUGACUCUGAUGCUGAGGAGAAGAAAACUGUCUCUGUACAGACUGACUCUGAUGCUGAGGAGAAGAAAAAAGUUUCUGUACAGACUGACUCUGAUGCUGAGGAGAAGAAAGCAGUUUCUGUACAGACUGACUCUGAUGCUAAGGAGAAGAAAACAGUCUCUGUACAGACUGACUCUGAUGCUGAGGAGAAGAAAACAGUUUCUGUCCAGACUGACUCUGGGAAUCAGGAAUGCAUCACCAAAGAGGGAGAAACCACAAGUCCCAAAGACCAGACUGGGGAAAAGACAACAGAGGUUGAAAAAACAAACUCUCCUGUCACAGAAAAUGAUGGAAGGGCUGAGAAGGAGAGUGAUGGAAUGAAGAAAGAUCUUCAAGAAAUCCAAGAGGAACUUUCUGUCAAGAACCUCGAAAGCUGGGAGAAAACAGAACAACAGGUUGAAGUAGAAGUGAAACCAAAGAAAGGAAAGAAGGUCAAGAGACAGAGGAAGUUCAGCUCCAUCCAAGACUUGAUGUCUGCUAAGCAGUUCUGCAAUCUGUAA